AUUUAUGUAAACGAUUUUUCUUUAGUAAUUUAAACAUUCCCGCUAAAGUAACAGAGGGCACUGUAGUCGAAAUUUAAAAUUCCAGAAUUUGAGGUUAGAUAACACGUGGUGUUUGUGUUUUCGUCUGCACAUUUUAGAGCUUUAGAGAAAACUUGAAAAGCUUUUGAACCUUCUCCUAAAUAAAUAAUUUAUUUAUGUAUUCAUAAAAUAAUCACGUAUCCUAUUUUAUUUUCAAUUACAUAUGUUACGUGACUGUAUUUAAAUAUUUUUCGAAAGUAUACGUCAAUCGUCAGUGACAACAUUUGUUAGAAAUGUUACAAUUCUGAUUUUAUUUCUUCACGUAUAAGAUAUUUGUAUCUUAAACACCACUGACAUAUAAAAGAUUUAUCGAAUACACUUUAAAAGAAUGAAAUAGUACUAUUACGAAGAAUCUAUCUUAUCAAAAGAUCCCAUUUGGUAAUAAUGGAAAUCGAAAAACAGAGUGUAACGAGUGCCAUCGAAAAUUUAGAAAAAAUUGGUGAUUCUAAUCCAAAAAGUGAUGACAAUCUGGUCUCAAAUUCUAAAAAUAAUUUUGAAGAUGAAGCAAUAAUUUCGGAAGUGCCAUCUUUGGAAUCCGUCGAUUCUUCUCCUAUUUUGGAGAAAGAAAGCAGUGCAAAAGACGAUGUCAUUUCUGUUGUUUUUGAAAGUAUAUCUUCGAAAGAACUCGAGAAAAUUCAUUCCACUGGGGCUCCUGCCUAUAAACCAUGUGCCCUUAGUGCGAUUGCCAUGGAUUAUGAUACUUCAGAUUCUGAGGUUGAGGAAGUGACUCAAGAAACUCAAAAUUCAGAUGCCCAAAAUGAAAAUGUCAAUGAAGAUGAAGAUGGUCCAGUAAUUCUGAAAGAAUACAGAACCAAUAUUGAAAUUACCUGCAGCAGUGAUGAAGUUGACAGUGAGGACGACUCCAGUAGCAGUGAAGAAGAAUCUGAAGAGAGCAAGAGUGAUAAUAGUUCAUCUGAUAGCAGCAGUGAGGACGAGAGCAGAAAGAAGGAAUCCCAAAAAGAAAAGAGCCAAAAUGUCAAAACUCCAAAUCAGCGCUCUCAACGGGCAGAGAAAGGAGAAUAUGAUGAUCUUCCACCGAUUGAAGAGCUACAGAUCAAUGUUCCUGAAGUUCUUUGUGAUCCACUUGGAGAAGUUGCUUGGAUCGUUGAUCAGAUGGUAGUAGUUCGUCCAAAGCCUGGAAAACCGACCUUGAACAUAGACACAGUUCUUUUUGUAGAAAGAGGUCGUCGAGUCUUGGGUCGAGUUUUCGAUGUCUUCGGUCAAGUAACAGAUCCUCAUUACUGUGUUCGUUUCAACAAUUCCAAGCACAUCGAAGAAAGUAAAAUACAAGUCGGCAUGAACGUUUAUUUCUGUCCUAAUACGGAAUAUACGACCGUGGUUUUUUUGCACGACCUCACAAAAAUGAAAGCUUCUGAUCCAACUGGUGAUGAUGAACCUCCAGAAUUUUCAGACGAUGAGGAAGAGCAAGCUUACUACCAAAAUCUAAGAAAACAACAGAAAAAUGACAAGGUGGAUUCCGGGAGCGACAUACCGAAUAAACGAAAACGAACUAUCGGACCGAAACCCAGUGGUGCAAAAUCUGGAGGUCCAAAAUCCGGAUGGCAGUCCCAUCAUCCUUGGAAUACAAAAAGAAACCCGCAAAAUCAACACCAGGGCAGUGGGCAUAGUCAGCCAAAUCCAAUUGACUCUCAACAACCUCGCAAUUCUCAAAAUUGGUACGGACCUCCAGCCUAUCAGCAGAAUCUCUGGCCUAGAUUUCCACCAUUUCCAAACCCUGCUUGGCCAUCGAUGUAUUAUUCUGCUCCAGCAUAUGGUGAUACCAGUAAUUUCAGAUCUCCAAUGUCGUUUCGACCACCUUUUCAUCCUCCACCGUUUUCGAAUAAUAUGCCCUGGAACUUGAGAAAUCAAUCUCAACCCCCACAUAAUAUUCAAGCAGGAAUACGACCAGCAGGAAAUUUAUUACCUUUAAGACCUCCACCACCUCCAUCUUCAUCUCCGCCUCCUCCUCCGCCCCCUGGUGUGUGAGGAACUGUAGGGUAAUUAAUUUAAAAUAAAUAUUUUAAAAUAACGAUAUAUUUUGUAUAUAAGAGAAGCCUUCAAUGAAUGUAAAGAUAUAAGACCAAAAGUUAAUAAACAUUGUAACGCAUUCUUUUAAUAUCUCAACUACAAAGAAUCCUGCUCCUAUCAAGUAGCUCAUUUUAUUUC